UUCUUCAUUCUGCCUGCCUGCAUCUACGCGCUCGUGUGUAGUAACUAACUUGUUACUCACCUUUUUUUAUUUGUAUUUUUUAGAUUCAACCAAGGCUUAAGAAAUGAGUGGGGAYCAUUCCCACAACGAGGACCAGAUUGACUGUGGCUCUCGAGUCAAUGACUCUCAUAAGCAUAAAGACAAAUACAAAGAGAAGGAACACAAACAUAAGGAACACAAAAAGGAUAAGGAACGGGAGAAAUCUAAGCAUGGCAACAGUGAUUACAAGGACUUCGCUAACAAAAAACACAAGGACAAAGAAAAGAUGAAGCACAAAGAUGGCAGCACAGACAAAUUCAAGGACAAGCACAAAGAAAAGAGAAAAGAAGAAAAGAUAAAGUCCCUUGACGGUAAAGUCAAAAAAGAAAAAGAGAACGGCUUUGCCAGCCCACAUGUGAAGUCUGAGCCAGAGGAUGACCUGUACCACUCACCUAAAUAUGAGAAGUCUCUAAAGAGAGAGAGAGAUGAUGACUAUAACUCUGAAUUCAAGCCAAAGAAGAUAAAGAUUGAAAAUGAUAAGAAAACCAAGAAAAGGAAACAGGAAGAUGAGGACAUUAAACCCAAAAAAACAAAAGGCAAAAAAGGAGAAGCAGCUGAUGGGAAAAAGAAAGCAAAGCAAGAAUCAGAGGAGAAGUGGAAAUGGUGGGAAGAAGAGCGAUACACAGAUGGUGUUAAAUGGAAAUUUCUUGAACACAAAGGGCCAGUAUUUGCUCCACCGUAUGAACCUCUUCCUAGCAACGUAAAGUUUUAUUAUGAUGGUAAGCCCAUGAAGCUCAGCCCAGAAGCAGAAGAGGUGGCCACGUUCUUUGCCAAAAUGUUGGAUCACGAAUACACCACAAAAGACAUCUUUCGUAAAAACUUCUUUAAAGACUGGAGAAAGGAAAUGACUUCAGAGGAAAAAUCAAAAAUAACCGACCUGAAAAAGUGCAACUUCAGUGAGAUGAGYGAGUACUUCAAGGCACAGUCUGAAGCCAGAAAAGCCAUGACCAAAGAGGAGAAACAGAAAAUAAAAGAACAAAAUGAGCGCACCUUGCAGGAGUAUGGUUUCUGCCUCAUGGACAACCACAAAGAACGUAUUGCUAACUUCCGUAUCGAGCCCCCUGGCCUGUUUCGUGGACGAGGAGAUCAUCCAAAAAUGGGAAUGCUGAAACGUCGCAUUAGGCCUGAAGACAUCAUCAUCAACUGCAGCAAAGACUCAAAGUGCCCCGAGCCUCCAAAGGGCCACAAAUGGAAAGAAGUUCGUCACGACAACAAAGUGACAUGGCUGGUGUCAUGGACUGAAAACAUUCAAGGCUCCAUCAAGUACAUAAUGCUGAACCCCAGCUCCAGAAUCAAGGGAGAGAAAGAUUGGCAGAAGUAUGAAACGGCUCGUCGAUUGAAGAAAUGCGUGGAUAAGAUCAGAGCGCAGUAUCGCGAGGACUGGAAGUCCAAGGAGAUGAGGAUCAGACAGCGGGCUGUGGCUCUCUACUUCAUUGACAAGCUGGCUCUGAGAGCAGGCAAUGAAAAGGAGGAAGGAGAAACAGCAGACACUGUGGGCUGCUGCUCGCUCAGAGUCGAACACAUCAAACUSUAUCCAGAAAGUGAAGGUCAGGAGUUCGUGGUGGAGUUUGACUUCCUGGGUAAAGACUCCAUCCGUUACUACAACAGAGUCCCUGUGGAGAAAAGGGUGUUUAAGAACCUUCAGCUGUUCAUGGAAAACAAAGAACCUGAUGAUGACCUGUUUGAUCGUCUCAACACUUCUAUCCUGAACAAACAUCUUCAGGAGCUGAUGGACGGUCUUACAGCUAAAGUGUUCCGUACGUACAAUGCUUCGAUCACCCUGCAGCAACAACUGAAGGAGCUCACAACCGCGGAUGAAAACAUUCCAGCCAAGAUCUUGUCCUACAACCGGGCCAACAGGGCAGUGGCCAUCCUCUGUAACCAUCAGAGAGCUCCACCCAAGACCUUUGAGAAGUCUAUGCAGAACCUGCAGACCAAGAUUGAUGCUAAAAAGGACCAGCUUUCUGAUGCCAGAAGAGACUUGAAGAGUGCCAAGGCUGACGCCAAAGUACACAGAGAUGAAAAAUCCAGAAAAGCUGUGGAGAGCAAGAGGAAGGCCGUUCAGAGGAUAGAGGAGCAGCUGAUGAAGCUGGAGGUCCAGGCGACUGAUCGUGAAGAGAACAAGCAGAUUGCUCUUGGCACUUCCAAACUCAAUUAUCUGGACCCGCGCAUUUCUGUGGCUUGGUGUAAAAAGUGGGGCAUUCCUGUCGAGAAGAUCUACAACAAAACCCAGCGUGAGAAGUUUGCUUGGGCCAUUGACAUGGCAGACGAAGACUAUGAAUUUUAAAAUCCCAGUUUAUUUAUCUUUUUUUUAUUGAGUUUUUAGCUUUCAUAAAUUUUGCUUGAUGGCCAGAACCAACAAGGAAUUUUAAGCGUUUGUGGAGAAAAUCAAUGGAAGCAAGCUGGUGAAAGGAGAUGAGGCCAUUCCACACAGAAUGGUGUUGUGGAUAGUAUGAAGAUCUGAUCUGAGAUCAGGUAACGGGGCUGAAAUAUACCCAUGACACAGCGUCAUGGUAAAGUUCCUGUCAUCUGAAGACUCCUUGACUUUUGUCUCCGUCCCUCCUCAGGGACAAAACCUGACAACUCUGUGGUCCUAUAGCUGUGUUACGCAAAAACAAAAAAUGCUUUGUAUCAUUUAAUUAUUAUUUUUUUCCACUCAGUAUGUAUUUUAGCUCUCCCAUGUAUUAUUAAUGAAUUCUAUAUUUUAUUAGACAAAUUAAAUCAAAUGAAAUCCUUAACACCCACGCGCCUUUCAAGAAAAUGUGUGUGUGAGUGAGUGUGUGUGUGUAUCAGACUCAACCAUGGAUGCUGUCUGGGUGAAUAUUUUAAACUGGACUUUGUUAAAUUGCUGUGAGAGGAUGUCUGGGCAGGCAAAGGGGAAAAUCUUACAACCAUGUCCAUAUUUACUUCAGCAAGCAGAAUGUGAAUAUUUACUUCAGCCUCUAUCAGGGAGUUUUUUUUUCUUUUCAUCAGUGUAAACGUGAUUUUUACCCUUUGCAUUGCGACGCAUCCUUCCAAUCUCYGCACAGCUCUAACAUCUGAUUUUAAAGUAUUUUAGCAAAUUCUUACACCCAUACCUGUUACUUGAACAUAAUGUUAUAAUGUAAUUAGUCAGUGGAUGGAAAUUGUCUUGCCUCCUAGUAAUGGGGUGUGUGCGAUACCAACUUUGCCAAAAAAAAAAAUGGGGGGUGAAAUCACCAAACUGUUACAGUGUAGGCAGGUUUUAAUUGUAUAAUGAUUUAGGAUGACGUAAUGUAACAUUUAAUGUGAAUGAGCAUUUCAUUUUAUUCYACUCUGUUUCACUUGCAAUAGGAAGGUUGAUGAAAGCAGCUGUAAAGUCAACGUCCUACUCCUGUUUUAACCUUUUUUUUUUUGUCAUAGCCUUUGAUCAUGUUUGAGUUUUAAGCUCAUUGUAGAUUGAACAAAAAUAAUAAAUUCCUUCAGGUAAA